AUGCCAACUUCCACUCCGGCUCAGCCUCACGAGGAUGAGGGCCACGCUUCAACCGAGAGAAGCCCUCUGCUUGGACGUCUGAAUGAGACGGUGAACAGCAACGGCGCCAUUGUCGUCGAGCCCGAGAACGCCCAGCCAGUCUCGGAUGGAGCUGGCGGUGUUGGCGAACAGGAACCAGCACUCGCCAACGAGCCAUCGACCAAGAAGCUCCUCGCCAUCAUGGGCGCCCUCUGGCUCGGGGUUUUCUUCGCUGCACUGGACGGGACAAUCGUCGCGACCUUGACGGCGCCAAUCUCGUCCUCAUUCGACUCGCUCUCGCUCCUAUCGUGGCUCGCGAGCGGCUACCUGAUCGCGAACGCGGCGUGCCAACCGCUCUCGGGCAAACUGACCGACAUCUUCUCGCGGCGCACCGGCCUGAUCUUCAGCAACAUCUUCUUCGGCGUGGGGACGUUGAUCUGCGGGCUCGCGCCCAACGCCGAGACGAUCGUGGCGGGGCGCGUGAUCGCAGGCAUCGGCGGCGGCGGACUCACCUGCAUCUCGACUUUCGUGACCUCGGACCUCGUCCCACUGCGCAGGCGCGGCGUCUGGCAGGGCUACGGCAACCUGGUCUACGGGCUGGGCAUGGGCUGCGGCGGCGUCGUGGGCGGCGUGCUGGCGGACCGCCUGUCGUGGCGCUGGGCCUUCCUGCUGCAGGUGCCGUUCAUCGUGCUCUCGGCCGUGCUGGUCGUGUUCCUGCUCGACAUCCCCUUGAAUCCCGCCUCAUCAUCCAAGGGCUCCGCGCUGCGGCGCAUCGACUUCCUCGGCGCCACCCUGCUCGUCACGAGCCUGCUGCUCCUCCUCCUGGGCCUGAACACAGGUGGGAACCAGCUGCCCUGGUCGCACCCGCUGAUCGUCACCUCACUGGUCCUCAGUGGCGCGACCCUCGCCCUCUUCCUGUACCUCGAGUCCUCGCCGCACUGGAUCCCCGAGCCCAUGAUCCCGGUACCCGUGAUCGUGCGCUCACGCACCGUGCUCGCCGCGUACUUGACGAACUGGUUCGGCACCAUGGCUUCCUUCCUGGCGCUGUACUACGUGCCACUCUACCUCCAAGUGCGCGGUGAAUCGAGCACCGCCGCAGGCCUCCGCCUCGUGCCCAUGGCCGCCGCGAUGUCCGUGGGCUCCCUGGGGUCAGGGAUCCUGAUGCGCGUGACGGGUGUCUACUACUGGCAGAGCGCGGCGUCCAUGGGACUGUUCGUGCUUGGCUCCGCGCUGAUCUGCAGCUUCACGCUCGACUCGCCCAUCUGGCAAACGUACGUGUACCCGGUGCCGCUGGGGUUGGCGUACGGGUCGAUGCUGACCAUCACGCUGGUCGCCAUGAUCUCUGCCGUCGACCACGAGCACCAGGCCGUCAUCACCGCCGCCAGCUACGCCUUCCGCUCCACCGGUUCCACCAUCGGCAUCACCGUCGCGAGCGCUGCGUUCCAGAACAUCCUGACGAAUGAGCUGCGCGCUACCUAUGGUGGCUUGCCCGGGAGUGACAAGGUGAUCAAACGCAUUACGGACAGCCUCGACAGUGUCAAUCAUCUGCCGAGCGGCUGGGAUCGGGGCGUUGUCAUGGACAUUUAUAUGCAUGCUUUGCGGGGUUCCUUCUUCUCUGGUCUGGCGUUGGCGUUGCUGGCGUUGCUCGUCGCCCUGGCUAUGAAGGAGCAUCAUCUGCACAAAAAUCUCGCCAGGAAAUAG